CUAAUGGCUUUGAUUGCUGAACUUACAGAGAUGCCGCCACCGUAUAACGAUGACGCAGAUGAAACCUGGCAACCUAUAACCCUUGUGCUCGCUGGACUGUCCAUUUACACCGAGUCGGACGAUGCAACGCUGUUGUACCAGCUUGACCGCGGCGUUGCCAGUCUCACACAGGCAACGCACAAGGUGGAACUGGAACGCGUGAGCGCACAGUCAAGGCGGCCACCGGCGUGCCAACUGUCAAGUCUCGGGCACGGCACAUAUACGAUCUGAAGUACUUGAAAGACGCACCAGGUGGUCUCGAGUCACUGCCAUCUGACUCACCGCAUUACUUUAUCCAAGCCAUCUCAAAGCGGACUAUCGGUCAUGUGGG